AUGGCUACCGGUCAGGGCGGCCCGCUCAAGGGCAUCCUGAAAAAUAUUGGUGAUGCUCCAGAGAAGCCCGAAACCGCACGUGAAGUCGCCAUCCGCCAUGCCACACUGCUAGAGAAUAGGAAGCAGCUCGAAAGCCAGAUUCUCGACAGUUUAAUCCUCUUAUCCGAGUAUCCCCUCGCCAGAGAUGCCCAAUUCAACGCUUCAAGCCCAGCAGCAUCCGACAUUGCAGACUUCAAGGCAAACGUCCGACUCUUUCAGCCCUCUGACUACGACGACCUCAUUGAGGAACGCAACGUAAACGAACUGUGUGGCUAUACCCUGUGUGCGAAGCCUAGACGCCAGACAGGCUCGAGCGGAGAGUGGAAGAUUACAAGCAGCGGCGAGAUUGUCAAGCGCAAGGAGCUUGAGAAGUGGUGCUCCCAGCAGUGUGCACGCAGAGCCCUCUUUGUCAAGGUCCAGCUUAACGAGACUGCUGCCUGGGAGCGAGCCGGCAUCCCUGACAUUCAGAUCGACCUUUUGGAGGAAGACCGCUCGGCCGAGACGGAAGCAGAUCGAACUGCUCGCAAGCUCGGGGAGCUCAAGCUGGAAGAUCAACGACAGGCUGCCCGAGACUCCGCUGCUCUAGCAAUGGAAAGAGGUGACGACAAGUUUGGCCCUCCAGUCAACAAGGUCAAGGUUACUUUGAAAGAAAAGGACGUCAAAGCGCCUUCUGAGUUUCCUCCGGCCGAAGCUGGCAACUCGGAGGAUCAUCUACUUGUUGAUGGCUACAAAGCUAAAAUCCCUGAGAAACAAGAACCAGAGAUAUAA